AUGGCUUCGAAAGAACAAAUAAAGAUCGUCGGACUGGUGAAAGAGUACAAUUUUCAAAUUGCCAAAGGCAUUGCUGGGGGGUUGAAACUGAGGUUUCCAAAGUCAUUUUUGGAUCCUAUAAUUCGUCCACUGCUUGAAUGUGAAUGGCAGGUCUAUCUAACAAGUCAAAAGAGGGAGCUGAAAGGAGAGGUUUGGCAGUAUACCGGGUCCCUGAUGUGUUUCGUUAAUGGUCGUUUGCUCGGCGACGAGAGAGCGCUCUCGAGCUGGGCAGAGAAACAAUGGGAGUUCACUUUCCACCGACCGCACGCGCUGUAUCUGGCCCUUGCAGUGGACGAUUAUGCAAAACACCUGCAAAGCACAGGACACACAUUUGUUUAUAUGGAUAUCGAAAUUAGAGGAGAAGCAGCUGGCCGACUACUGUUUGAGCUGUUCACAGAUCUCUGUCCGAAGACAAGUAAAAACUUCCAGGCUCUGUGCACAGGAGAGGCGGGUCUGUCUCAGACUGGUCUUAUGCUGUGCUAUAAAGGAUCCGUAUUCCACAGAGUGGUACCUAACGGCUGGAUACAGGGAGGAGAUAUUUCUCCUGCAGGGAAAGGCAACGGCGGAGAAUCUAUUUACGGGCCAACAUUUGAAGAUGAGAGCUUUGCCGUGUCACACACCAAGAGGGGGAUUCUGGGGAUGGCCAACCAAGGUUGCCACAGCAACAGUUCUCAGUUCUAUAUCACCCUGCAGCCCGCUCUGUGGAUGGACAGAAAAUUCGUGGCGUUUGGACAAGUGGCCGAAGGCUCAGAGGUCUUGAAGAGAUUGGAGGAGGUGCCAACCUAUAAUGAAAGACCCAAACAAGAAUGCAGAAUCGCAGCAUGUGGGGUGUUUGAACCGUAA